UAACUUUUUGGUGAAAAAGUGAGCUCAUAAAAGUUGCAGUUUGAGAAGCUAGCUAACAAAGGAGUUGUUGUUGGCCAGUUUCGGCUGUGUACGAUGGUAGAAAAAUGCUCAGAUAGUUAGAUUUGCUAUGUGGCGGAUGAUGAAGUUUAGACGAUGGUAUGGGAGUCUAGUUGCCAUUUUGCUAUUCCCUUCCAUUGUUAUAGUCUUAUAUUCAGUGGUAUCUGUUCCUGUACCUAAAGUAAAAUUAAGAUUGAUCCCAAAUGAAAUCCAGACCAAAAGUGCUGAUAAGAUAUUCAACAAUCAAAACAAUCAGUUAUCCAAUCUGACAGAAAUCCGUCAAUUUCGUUACAAAAAUCUACUGUCCUCCUGCCAACAGUUAAAAAGCCGAGGUUUGAUACAGAACAGCAUUACAAAGAAAUCUUUAUCUCACAUUUUAGUAGAUGACCGCUACAAAGUAUUAUUUUGCUACAUACCAAAAGUUGCCUGUACAAAUCUUAAGAGAGUAUUUUUAUUAUUAACAGGCAAAAUGAAUGCUACUGAUCCUAUGGCAUUAAAAGCUGCAGAUGUACAUUUAACAUACGACAAAUAUCUCACUUAUUUAGAUAGUUUUUCAGAGGAUGAAGUACAGUUUAAAUUAGAAAAUUACAAGAAAAUUAUCAUGGUGAGGGAACCUUUUGAGAGACUCCUUUCAGCAUACAGAAACAAAUUCACAGAAAAAAGUCCAUAUUUCCACAAACGGUUUGGUCGAAAAAUUAUAAGAAGGUACAGGAAUAAUCCAAGACAGGAAGAUAUAGAGAAAGGAAACACUGCCAAAUUUGAUGAAUUUGUACAGUACAUUACAGAUCCAGUUACCAUAGAAACAGAAGGUUUAAAUGAGCAUUGGGACCUUUAUUCAUCUCUAUGUCAACCAUGCUUAAUCAAUUAUGAUUUUGUUGGUAAAUAUGAAACCCUUGACGAUGAUAUAGAUUAUAUAAUGCAUGAUUUAGGAAUAGAUACAUUUAUACAGUUUCCAAAACGGGGUGCUGCAUAUAAAAAGAAAAGAACAAAAGAUACAUUUACACAGUUUUAUAGCAAUAUAUCAAAAAUUGAUCUAGGAAAACUUUGGAAAAUUUAUAGACAAGAUUACAAAUUAUUUUCUUAUACAUACCCAGAUAUAAUCAAAAGGGAUGAUGAUUUUUAAAGUCGUCUAAGAAAUAAAAAUUUGUGUUUAUUUGAAUGCAGAAAGUGUAUAACAUUAAUCUCUUCAUGGUUGCUAAGUUACUCAUGUUCAAGUUCAACUUGGUAAUUUCAAAAUACAAUUUAAGUUUGAAUACUGUUAAUCUGUAUGUUAAAAAUACAAUUGUAAUGAAUUUUUUAUUAGACUUCUGUAUAUUUUUGUCAGAAGUCUUUUUUUAUUAACACUUAAGCUAUCCAUAAGAAUUUUCUCCAAAACCUUCUUACAUUUUAUAGCAAAAUAUUAAAGGUAACAAUUUAAUAUGGUGUGUCUUGUUAAAGGAAUAUUAUGGAUAAUAAAAAAAAACAAUAAAUAUUAGUAUUCUGCACCCUUUUUUAUAAGGAAUAUAUACAUGUACUGUUAAGGGAAUAUGAUAUAAGAUCCACAUUUUUUUUCAGAAAUUUUUACAUAAGUAGAGUUUUAGUGGGAAAAAAAAUAUUUACCUUUGAUUUUUUCUUACAAUUUUAGCAUAACAUUCUUAAAGCAAUACACAAUUAGUUGCAAAAAAAAAGAUGGGGGUCAGUGCAUUUAUUUUUAUACGCUUGUCAAUUUUUGAUGGGACGUAUUAUGGUAUACAAAUGUCCUGUGUCCGUCUGUCUGUCCGGGGUAAACAUGUCGCACCGUAACUUAAGAAUGACUUAUUCAAAUUUCAUGAAACUUAACAUAGUUGUUUCUUAUGAUGGUCAAACGAUCUGUAUACUUUUUGGUGAAAAUAAGAUUAAAACUUUUUGAGUUACGGGACUUAGUAACUAAAACAGGUGUGUGUUUUUUUUCACAUGUCGCGCCGUAUCUCAAAAACAUUUUAUGAUUAUUGCUUAAAACUUUACACACUUCUUAGUUAUAUUAAUCUUAAGAUCUGUAUACUUUUUGGUGAUGAUUCAAAAUUAUAUUUUAGAGAUAUUGAGUAUUUUGUUAAAAAAGGGGGAGGGGUUUUUCACAUGUCGCGCCGUAUCUCAAAAACAGUUUAUGAUUAUUGCUUAAAACUUUACACACUUCUUACUUAUAUUAACCUUAAGAUCUGUAUACUUUUUGGUGAUGAUUCAAAAUUUUAUUUUUGAGUUAUUGAGUAUUUUGUAAAAAAAAGGGGGAGGGGUUUUUCACAUGUCGCGCCGUAUCUCAAAAACGAUUUAUGAUUAUUCCUUUAAAUUUUACACACUUCUUAGUUAUAUUAGUCUAAAGAUCUGUAUACUUUUUGGUUUUGAUUCAAAAUUUUAUUUUUGAGAUAUUGAUUUUUUUUUUUUAAAGGGGGGUUUUCACAUGUCGCGCCGUAUCUCAAAAACAAUUUAUGAUUAUUGCUUAAAAUUUUACACACUUCUUAGUUAUAUUAAUUUUAAGAUCUGUAUACUUUUUGGUUUUGAUUCAAAAUUUUAUUUUAGAGAUAUUGAGUUUUUUGUAAAAAAAAAGGGGGGUUUUCGCAUGUCAGGCCGUAUGUCAGAAACUAUUUAUGCUUAUUGCAUAAAAAUUCACACACAAGACGACGGGCGUAUCAUGCGCUCAUGGCGCAGCUGUUUAUUAUAUACUGUCCCCUGUACUGAUCCAUAUCAUUUUGUGGUGCUAAAUAAUAAUGCAGUUAAUUUCUUAAUGUAACAGUUGGUUUGCAUGCUUUUUUACCAAACAUCAUAACUUAACCAUCGUCAUUUAUUUGAAAUUCUGAUUAAAGAAAAGUAAUCAGCCUUUACUGGCCUUGAGCUUUAUGUCAUGCAGAUAAUUUCACAGGCUUCCAUAGACAGCAUAUCCAUUUUUUGUUUGGAACUGCUUUCAAAUUCAUGCAACUGGUUCAAUAAUGUCAGUGAAUUUUGGAUUUUGCCUUUUAUUCACAAAGUUGCAAAGCAACUGGUUAAACUUAGAUGUUUUAUUAUCUGACUCUGACUGCUUCUGUAUUGUACACCCUGAAAAAAAAUCUUUUGAAAAUAGUUGUUACAAAAUGAGUAUGUGGCAAAUAUGUGUGUGUCAUUAACAGUUAAGAUCCAUAAAUUGCAGUUGAUGUUAUAUAAUGUUGGGAUUCAAAAGCACUUACAUUAAUUUUGCAAAGUCCCAUUAUUUUUAUAGUCUAAUGUGAAUAAAUCUCUUUUUUACAUUUCCAUUUUGAUUGUACUUAAACAUAUGCAUGAUACAUAUAUACUUUAUCCCUUUUGUAGAACUUUAUUAUCUUAUUGUUUAAAUUUGUAUUGAAUCAUGUUUCACAUGUUAUUUUUCUGAUCUCAGGAAUGUGAUAUAUAUUUACCAAUUCUACAGAAAUCCUUCUAAAUUUAAACAUAAACUGUAAUUGCUGAUUUUUACAUUUUUACAAUUUUAUUUUUUCAAUAUAUUUCAAGUAUAUAAUACAAGAAAAUGUGUAAUGAAAUAUUGCAUUUUAAAAGUCUUGAAGGUAGACUGAUUUAAAAAUAAUAGAUAGACUAAUGUUUAUUUUUUCAGCAAUUAAUUAAUAAAACUAUGUUAUGCCUAUAUAUUUUGUGAUCAGAUAUUAGCAAUAUCAAUUGUAUGAAAAUAUUGUGGUUGUGUACACUCUUAGUCUAUCUUUUUGUUUGUGCAUCCAUCCCAUAUCAGGUUAAAGAUAACAGGACCUAAAUGUAUCAUGGAUUUUUAUGAAAUUUUGCAAGCAACUAGGCCAUGUGGAAGUGCAUAAAAAUGUCAAAAAUUAAGUAACAUAAAUAAUUUCUUGGGUGAGCCUAAUUGAAUAUUUGAAGGAGACGUACAAAUGUAUAGGAUGCCAUAGAUAUCACAAAAAAAUAUUACCUUUCCACAAAAACCUCUCUUAGAAUUUUCUAUAAAGUUAUGUGUUAUUACCACUAAAAUCCCUUUUUUAUGCCCCGCCACAAUGGAGGGGGCAUUAAGUGUUAUCCUUGUCCUUCUGUACAUCCAUAUGUACAUCCUAAAGUUAGUUUCUGUUCUCCAAUUUUAGUUUGCCUCAACCAAAUGUUAUGAAACUUAUAUACAAUGCAUAUUACCACAAAACUCAGAUCAAGAUUGAAUUGUGGUGGCGUCACUUAUACUGUUCUAGAGUUAUGCCCUUUAUAUAUGGAAAAAUUGCUGAUUUUUUCGUUUCUGUUCUCCAACUUCAGUUUGUCUCAACCAAAUGGUAUGAAACUUAUACACAAUGCUUAUUACCUCAAAAUUCAGAUCAAGCUUGAAUUUGGUUGGCAUCACUUUUACAGUUCUCUAGUUAUGUCCCUUUAUAACGUUAUAUCCAAAAUGGGGCAUCGUCUGUGUCCCAGGGACAAUUCUCCAUUUAUUUAUAAAACUUAUGGGGGGUCCCUGAAGUUGUUUUUGCUGUAUAAAUCUUCAAGUGUAUAUACUAUGUCUAAAAUAUUUUGAUGGACAAGACUGUGUUUAUCAUAUGUUUAUAACUUAAGGUCAGCUCAUGUAUGUUACAAGAAUGAGCAAGCAUGCAUAGUAGGAUUUUAUUUACAAAUAUUUUUUUUUUAAAUCUUGGUCUAAAAAAAAAAUUGUCACUUCAGAGCAGCCAAGUCUGUUCACAUCUCUUAUUCGAUCCCAUUACUACAAGCUUUGUCAGACAACAGAUAAAGUAUAUCAUGAUGAUUGCUAUGACUAGUAGUCUUUUCAUGGCCUUUGUUAGCUGCUAUUAUGAUAUAAGGUUGUUCCAAAGGUAAUAAAAAAAUUGAGAAUGGAAAGGGGAAUGUGUCAAAGAGACAACAAUCCUACCAAAGAGCAUAAAACAGCCCAAGGCCACCAAUGGGUCUUCAACACAGCGAGAAAAUUCCAUACUUUUGUUUCACAAAAAGGAACUAACAGAAAGAUACCAAACAAGUAAUAAAGUGGCAUGACUUUAGGUGUAAUACCACCAAAUCAUAGUACGUCACAUCCGGUUGCAUACGAAAAUAGGUCGAAAAAAAAUAUUCCCUUGAAUUUGACAGUUGUAGGUAAUUGAUCCUACAUUUCAUUGCAGUAAAACAUUUCUGGGUCAUAAACAUAUAUCUUGGGUAUUUCAAAGCACCAUUAUUUUUUUAUUUGGGGUUUCUAUAGAAUAUUUUGGAAACUUGAGGUUACAUGGUUACUAAAGCUUGUACACAGGUUAAGAAAGGGGGGAAAUUUGAUUGGUUAACUUCCAGUGAUGGUUAUUUUCUUAUAUGCAAUGAAAUGUUAUGUGAAUUUUUUUCUAUAGUACUGGACAGGAUAAAACUUUACUCAUGCCAAGUAUUUCUUUAUUUGAAACAAAGAUAAAUUCUGCACAAUUUUUUGAAAAGUGCAAAUUUAACAAAGACUAAUAGGGGAAAAUCAAUGGUGGUAUUACACCUAAUAUGGGAAGCUGUACAUGCACCUUUGACCUUGUGAGUACUCUCAUGUGUUAAAAUUUCUUGCUAUUUAAGUGAAAUAUUACAAAUAAUGAAAUAUUCUGAGUGGAUUGAGUCUCCAAAACACAUUUUAUGAGAAAAUUUCCUUGAAAUAGGACUUUACCAUGAAUAUUAGUUUACAGAACAAGCCAUAAUUAGAGUAUUGGGGAGUUUUUUCUCCUUAUUUCUUAUAUUCUGCUAUACCAGAAAAUUUUUCCUAAGAAAUACUUUAAUAAAUAUAUAGUUUUAAGUAAAUGAAAUUAUUUUAAAAGCAGUAACAACAAAUUAUUCACCAAAAGAGAAGCUUUUUAUGUCCCUCUCUGGAACGCGGCGUAAAUUUAAGUUUUACGUAAGGACUUAUUGAAACCUCCUUGGAGACAGUAAACUUUUAUACGGAUAGUUCAUUCAGCUUGAAUACUUCAAUUAAUCAUUUAUUAUAACAUUUCUAUCAUAAAUGAGUGAAAGUUACCCCAAAAUUUUUAUUUAUUGGCCUAAAAAGUAGAAAUUUUGAGGAAAUUAGAGGUAUAAAUGGACCAAAAGAGACCUUAUAAGGAAGACAAAGAGGUCCAUUAGUAGUAUUUAUCAUCCUAAAGUCAUCUUUUGUAUCAUAUUCAACUGUUUGUAGGCAGAUGAGAUAAAUAUUUGACCAUUUAUUGGUCCACACUAUAUUCUAUCAUGAUGCGGCUUGGUUUGGAUUUUUCGAAGAAAUUUUGCUCGAAUCGCUGCAGAUGUCGUCUUACAUUAUACUAGAUUUUUCUCAAACUAUUGAACUGAUUAUGACAAAACUUGACAGGAAUGCUAGAAAUAACCAGUAUUACAAAGGAAAAAAGUCACAUUCAGUUUAUUUAACAAAAAAGUCUUCUUUAGGUGUAAUACCACCAAAUCAUAGUACGUCACAUCCGGUUGCAUACGAAAAUAGGUCGAAAAAAAAUAUUCCCUUGAAUUUGACAGUUGUAGGUAAUUGAUCCUACAUUUCAUUGCAGUAAAACAUUUCUGGGUCAUAAACAUAUAUCUUGGGUAUUUCAAAGCACCAUUAUUUUUUUAUUUGGGGUUUCUAUAGAAUAUUUUGGAAACUUGAGGUUACAUGGUUACUAAAGCUUGUACACAGGUUAAGAAAGGGGGGAAAUUUGAUUGGUUAACUUCCAGUGAUGGUUAUUUUCUUAUAUGCAAUGAAAUGUUAUGUGAAUUUUUUUCUAUAGUACUGGACAGGAUAAAACUUUACUCAUGCCAAGUAUUUCUUUAUUUGAAACAAAGAUAAAUUCUGCACAAUUUUUUGAAAAGUGCAAAUUUAACAAAGACUAAUAGGGGAAAAUCAAUGGUGGUAUUACACCUUUAGAUAACCAAAAUCAGACAAUUAAUACAGUGGCAUCACUUUAGCUCACCAAAAUCAGACAAAUAAUACAGUGUUAUGACUUUAGCUCACCGAAAUCAGACAAAUAAUACAGUGGCAUGACUUUAGCUGACAAAUAAAUUGAUUGAGGGAAGCAUUACCUUUUUGGUUGGAGUGGACAAGUAAAAAAUAGCUUACAGUCUUUGGAUGUUUGGGGCAGGGGAAAUAUAUAGGUAACUGAUUUGUGUAAUCAAUUCUUCAGAUUUCAACCCAUACCCUUGAAACUUGACAGACAGAUGAAAAACAUGUUGUAAACUUGACAGACAGAUGGCACACAUGUUGUAAACUUGACAGACAGAUGACACACAUGUUGUAAACUUGACAGACAGAUGACACACAUGUAAACUUGACAGACAGAUGACACACAUGUUGAAAACUUUACAGACAGAUGACACACAUGUUGAAAACUUUACAGACAGAUGACACACAUGUUAUAAACUUUACAGACAGAUGACACACAUGUUGUAAACUUCACAGACAGAUGGAACACAUGUUGUAACUUUGACAGACAGAUGGCAGACAUGUUGUAAACUUGACAGACAGAUUGCACACACGUUGAAGUUGUGCACCUGCUAUUAUGGAUUUGUUUGAAUAAUUUUUAUUAAUAUUCUAGACAUAGGAACUUAGUGAUUUCUCACCAAAAAAAUUUCCAAAGAUAACAUUGUUUUUUUUAACCCAAAUCAUUCUAUGGAACUUCAAAGAUAGUUUGAAAACUUAUUGAGGUUGUGAACCUUCCAUUUUGGAGUUGUUUAAGACUUUUUCCAUUUUUAUAUUUUCAUAUUUUAAAUGUUCAGUAGACUAUUCUCCAUUUGGUAAAGAAACAAUCUUUCCAAUGCAACCAAUUGAGUUUUUAAUCCAUUAUUUAAAUAAAGUACUAAAGUUUGAGUCUAGUAAAACUAAGACAACAGAAGCUGUGUGUUUUACCAUUGUUCAUUGAUACAGAAUUUGAUAUUUUAUCAUAUACAUUGUUUUGACUGUGAUUUGAAUUAUAAUCUCAAUUAAUUGAUAUCACCUACAGAUUUAUAUUCUUGCAAAGAAAUCCCUCAGUUAAUUGAUAUCACCUACUGAUUUAUAUUCUAACAAAGAAAUCCAACGAAUUUGUUACUUUGUUGUACACCAGGCUUUAAUUUCUUGAAAGAAACUUUUAUUUGAAACUUUAAUUUUGAUUAUUUAUGAAAGACUCCAAAUUCAUGUGUAAUAAUUUUAUUCAUGAUGGCCAAUUCAAGCCUGGUACCUUCAUGGUAUGGUAAGUUUUGUAACAUAGCUCCUUGAUACUUGCUAGUAUAAUUAUAUGAUUGUUAUUGUAUUGUUUAACAAUGAUUAAAAGUUUCUGUUGCAUCAAAACUUUUAACUUUCUCCAAGCCCAUUAUACUUAUACUUUUAAUCAUUGUAAUACAAUUUAAUGUUCUCAUCUGUACAAAUAUAGAUUUACAAUUGGCGCCACAAGACAAAUGCAAGUUACUGCUUUAACAUUUUGAAGGUUUGUGCUUCUUUUUAGUUACCUUUGCAAAUCAUAAAUUUAAUUGGAGUCAGAUAUUCAAUUACUGGUAUAAAUGGCAGUGUUAUUUUCAUUCCUGUACCUUUUUAGGUAAUUGUGACACAUUCAAGUUAGCAUUUGUGAUCAAUUACGCUUAAACAGUAUAGAAUCAGCUGUUCCAUAUUAAAUGUACUAAGUUAUGUCUUAGACAAUAGAACAUAUGUUAACAAAUGUAGUUAAUGUUUAAUUGUUGAGACACUUUUCUGUUGCAAAUUGUUUAUAACACAAACUAGUCAUCCUUUUUGUUAUCUCAUUAUUCAACCACUAUAUUUUACAUUCUUAUUAUUCAACCACUAUAUUUUACAUUCUUAAACACAAAAUAAAAUUAUUUGUCAUA